AUGGCCUUUGGGGAAGGCCUCCACAAGCCUAUUUUGACCCAAGUUCGCUCCACCCUUGUGGGAGGCCGGGCUGAAAACAGACUGCAAGAGCUCCUCAAACACACCAAACACGCCGCCCUUUCAGAGGACAAGACAGAGGCCGUGGACGCGGAAGGGGCCAAGGGCACGGACGCGGAAGAAGAUAUUCCCGCGCAUAUGACCCCACCAAAUGUUUUAACUGCGAGAAGCAUGGCCACUGGGCCAAAGACUGUCCAGAAACACCAAGAGAGGGGGACGGAGGAAACCGUCGCAGGGGCUGGCAGGACAACGAACAAGUUCCCUAUGCCUCGGACUGACCAUCAGAGAGAGGAGUUGGUAAUGUGGCGGGAUCUGGGUCCGUUUGUAGCUCAGUGUAGUGCAGCAAAUGACUGGCAGCCUGCCACUGGAAAAAUCUCACCUUUGUUGGCACAAGUCCCUAGUACACUCUGGACAGCCAACAAAUAUGAUGUAGGCCUGAUAAAAAAAUUUGAACCGGUUCAGAUAAUCCCAAAGUCAAUUUACAGACCCCAACAACGCCAAUACCCACUCAGAAAAGAAGCUAUAGAGGGCAUAACACCAGUUUUUAACUCUCUCCUCAAGGCUGGAAUUAUUAUUCCAUGUGAAGAUUCACCAGUACAGACUCCGAUCUUUCCAGUAAAAAAGAUCCAUCCUGCCGGACAGCCCACAGAUUGGCGUUUUGUGCAGGACCUACAAGCUGUAAACUCUGCCAUCAUGGCCCCUACUCCUAAUGUUCCCAAUCCAUACACCAUUCUCAGCCAGAUUCCCUCUUCUGCUAAAUGGUUUUCCGUUGUGGACCUGUCUAAUGCUUUUUUCUCUAUCCCCGUUCAGAAAGACUCCCAGUUUUGGUUUGCUUUCCAGUUCGUAGGAAAGCGUUAUACAUGGACACGCCUGUGCCAAGGACUGACCUGCAGCCCUACCCUUUUUUGUCAGGCUUUGUCUCGCAGUCUCUCCCCUCUCACACUCUCUCCAGGUUCAGUUUUGCUGCAGUACAUUGAUGACCUUCUCAUCGCAGCCCCAACAAAAGAACAGUGUGAGACAGACACCAUCCUCCUCCUGCGCCAUCUUGCUGAAGAAGGCCAUAAAGCAUCCCUGUCUAAACUACAGUUUGUAAAACAGGAGGUGACCUUUUUAGGCCACAUCCUCACACCACAGGGUAAAUCUCUCUCUCCCUCUCGGGUUAAAGCUGUGGCAGAGACACCUAAACCCAUGACUAAAAAACAAGUUCUUUCUUUCCUGGGCAUGUGUUCUUACUGUCGACAUUUUAUUCCCAAUUUCUCCGAGAUGGAGAGACCGCUGAGAGACAUCGUGCACAAAAGAGACCUGACAGCUUCCAGCCCCAUCCAGUGGACUGAGGAGGCAAACACUGCGUUUGAAAACCUUAAACUGUCCUUGCAGUCCACUCCCAUUUUGGGCAUCCCAGAUCCAGAGAAGCCAUUCACACAGUUCGUUGAUGAAAAACAUAGCUGUAUGACCUCUGUUCUUUUACAGGCUCAUGGGGGUCAGCUGAAACCUGUUGGCUACUUCUCCCGCUUAUUAGACCCUGUUGCCAGAGGCCUCCCAGCAUGCUUGCGUGCAGUGGCUGCCUGCGAGUCUGCAGUGCUAGCCUCACGUGACUUUGUGGGUUACACCCACCUGGACCUUCUGGUGCCUCACUCUGUUGCAUCUAUCUUACAGGAACAGAAAAUAUCACACAUCACGCCAGCACGAUGGCUCAGAUAUCACACCACACUUCUAGGUUUGCCAAAUGUUCAUGUUAAAAAAUGUGCUGUGCUUAACCCUGCCACCCUCAUGCCCUUACCGGGUGAGGGUGAACCCCAUUCUUGCCUUGCAGAACUCCAACACACCUGCACCCCGAGACCGGACCUGAAAGAUGUACCUCUCACUAACCCUGAUCUCAUUUUCUAUGUUGAUGGUUCUGCUUUCAGAGAUCCUGCACGGGGCACGGCCCAUGCAGGAUUUUCUGUUGUUGAUGAUGUUUCUGUUGUUUGUUCCUCUCCUCUGCCUUCUCAUUACUCAGCACAAGCAGCAGAACUGGUGGCCCUGACUGAAGCCUGCAAAAAGGCAAAAGGCAAAACUGUUACCAUCUACACAGACUCUCGCUACGCGUUUGGAGUUGUGCAUGAUUUUGGAGCCCUUUGGAAACAUCGCAAAUUUCUCAAAUCAGAUGGUAGGACCAGACCUCUGACACAUCAAGCUGCACACCCAGCACCAGACAGACCCUUUCAACAUGUCAUGAUGGAUUUCAUCGAACUAACCCCCAGUGAGGGAAAAAGGUACUGUCUGGUACUGGUAGACAUGUUUUCCAAAUGUUUUCCACAACGUUUACCUCAAAUCCUGCACAACUGAGCACAACUCACCUGGGUCUUACUUGUCGAUCUGCAUUUUCCCCCUCAGACAUUCCCUGGAAUAUUUUAGAUUUUACUUCCUCUUUGUCGUGGUUCUUCUUUCUUAUUUAUGAUCUCAGCUUUUCACUAGUCUAGAUGAAAAUGUUUUUAAGAAUCAACCAUACCUGAUUCAUGUACAUUAUGUAAAUGAGCACUUAUGU